AUGGAAAAGAGAAACCCUAGAGGAAGUGUUGAUGAAUUGUCCUUAGUUAAAGCAGCAGCAUGGGCAUGGUACCAACAUGGGUCCGGCUCCGAUGGGAAACCUGUGCCUGAAUUUGAUCUUACGAGGUUUAAGAAUGUCCCAAAACCAUCAAGGUACAAGUUACAAGCCAUUAAACAAGAUCAAGAAAAUACAGAUUCAUCUAGUUCGACACUAGGUGUUUCGAAUAAUUCUCUUCUUGAUAAGUAUGAGAUAGAGAGGAUAUCAAAGCAGCUUGAUUUGUAUAUAAAGUCUAGUCAUUCUCAGCACUACGGCGGCUUUUGUACCAGUGAUUCGGCCGAGAAGGGAACUGCGGUGGCAGUCGGGAAAAGUGACGGCGGUAUUGGAAUGAAGAGUGAGCCGAAGAAGAAAAUGAAAGAAAUAUCAAAAGGGAAAAGCACGUGGCGUGAUUCCCAUAAUAGCAACGAGCGAAGGUGUCUAGGCAUCCCAGUUGAGACGACCAAUGCCUAG